CCGCGCCCCUUCCCGUCAGGCCCCGCGGCGCCCCCGGAGGGAAGAUGGCGCAGCCGCCGGUUCCCCUGAAGGACAUGAAGCUGCUGGACGUGAAGCUGGGCCAGCUGCCCAGCUGGUUCGCCAUGAGGGACUUCACCCCCGGCGGCAUCACGGGCGCCGUGCGCAGAGGUUAUGACAGAUACUACAAUAAAUACAUCAAUGUCAGGAAAGGAGGCCUUGGUGGUAUCUCCAUGGUGCUCGCAGGUUAUGUUCUCAUCAGCUACAUCUGGAGCUACAGUCACAUCAAGCAUGACCGCCACAGGAAGUACCACUGAAGUGUGAAUUUCAGAAAGGGAAGGGGCAGCUCUCUAUCAGACUCAGCUACUGGAACAGUUAUGCUGACAGAAGACAUCAAAACUAUUCACAGUAACAUCUGUACUGUUGUGACCAAUAAUAAAGUGCAUACACUUUACGCUUA